UCAACAUCCAACCAACCGGUUCAUUUUCUCUGUACCGUCAAAUCUUUGGCGCGCCUUUAAAAGCCUCUCUCUUCUCUCCUCAUUUCCUCUUCAUCUUCUCUUCUUCUCUCACCAUGGAUCGAUCAUAUUAAAGCUUCAACUAAGAUCCUACUGUUUCACAGCUAUCUAUACACAUAACCAAAUUUCAUUAGAGCAAAGCUUAAGGGGAAAACGAUUUGGGGUCUAAAGAACUAAACCAUUUGGGGGAUUCGUUAUCAUUAUCAGGUUUGGAAGUUUCGGAUUUUCAUCAACGCAGAUGUUCGUGUGAAAUAGGACAUCCUCAUCUCCAAUUGGUUUGCGCAGAAGGCCGUUUCUACCUCCUCCAGUGCAACUACAACUACAAUUACAACUGGUAGGAUGGUGACAUACAAGAUAGAUAGUACAACAGAGUACAUAAAUAACAUCGACGACUGGAAACCGAGUAAAGCCGUGCUCCACUAUGUUAAAGGCAUGGGAUUGGAGUUCCUCCAUCAAGAAAAUGAUCGAGGUUUGAAGUUUCCAAUCCAUCGAUCGUUCCAAUUGCUCAAUGAAUUACUCUGGUUUUACAAUAAAGAGGAUAAGGUGUUUUUUUUCAACGAUAUCAAGCUAUCAUACGGGUUGCAAGAUGUUUUUUAUCUAACCGGGUUGCCUAUCAAUGGCAAAAGAGUCAGCGGUGAAGUUUUUGAUGCUCGUGAACAAUUUGAACGUAUAUUCGGCUAUAAACCACUAAAGGGUGAUGCUAUAAUGGAUGUCAAUGGCAACAUAAAUUUGUCUGCUCUCAAAAAACUGUAUAGGAACAUUGGGAAUGACAGUGUGGAACUCACUGAAGAAGUCCGUCAACACAUUUGUGCAUACAUGCUGUAUCAUCUUCACUGUUUUGUCGUCCCAGAGUUGGAUGGGAAAGCCUCUACCAGGUACUUGCCCCUUCUUUCUGACGUUACAAACAUUCACCAGUAUGCGUGGGGUGCUGCCUCAUUGGCAAACCUACACGCAGAACUCGCGUGCAUCCAGGAAAAACAAUUCAAAGCACAUGGGAAUCCUAAGAAGCCAGAUGAAUUGCAAUUUCGUUCCCAGCUCUACCCCCUUCUUCUCUUCUUCUUUGAGCACAUCCCUAAAUUGUUGACAGUGGUUGCAAUCAACAAACCUGAAUGGUCAUUGCCCAUGAAGUUCCCUCUCAUGGCUGAAUGGUCGCAUAUCAUGCUCAAAAGUUUUCUCAAACAUGGGUGGUAUGGGAUGCCUUAUCAGAGGCUAGAAAACAAUUUUAUUCCAUCCGAUUAUAGGGAGCUGGGUAAAUUUGCAGCAACUAGGACCAUAUUGCAUUUCUUUGAGAAAUGCUCCUACCAUCGACCCGAUUUGGCUCCAAAACAAUUUGGGAUUAUAAAUGUUGAUGAAACUAAGUUGAAGGACAUGAUUGAAAUCCAUACUUGUAGUCGUAAAGGUCCCAGAGUAAAGAACUUUCUUGAUUAUACUGCUAACAAUUGUAAUUACCCUGCCAUGGGGUUGGUGUGGGAGGAGAGGAUGCAUUCUGAUCUCAGACAUCAAAGUCCCAUGGAAGCCGAAAAUGAGGAGGAUGAGGAUCAAGGUACUGCACAGUCCACUGAUAAUGUGGACCGGGUUUGGAAUGACAGUAUGGAGCUGGAGAAUGAGCAAGACAAUCCCGUGGAAUCGGAGCUGGGGAAUGAGCAAGGUCUGAACGGGAUUAGGAUGCCUGAGCGCAGCUGUCAAAGUCUUGUCGGAGCGGAGAAUGCGGAUCAAGAUGAUGAUGACGACUACGAUGGAAACCUAAUUCUUGAUAACCCUGAGAGCACCAUAUGGUAUUUUAUCUAGAUCCUUGUCAAGAAGUUCAAGGACCGUUCUCAAAGCAUGGAAGAGCAGGGACUGGUUUGAACCUGAUUUCAGGGUUUGGAAAACAGGGCAGACAAAAGAAGAAGUAAUACUGCUUACUGAUGCAAUAUCUCAAGUAUUCCCUAGUAAGUGAGCAAGUGUGUUGAAUUCUCUUGGAAUCAUUUUGCACAUCUAGUUACAAUUACUAUUGUGAAGUUCCUUUCAGUUUUUCUCUGUUGUCCCUUGACUUUCGUGGAACACAUCCUGAAUCCAUUUCCUGUUAAAACCAUACUCAGGUUUAAUUAUCUUUUCAGAAGUUUUUCUUGCAGUUUUUGGAAUUGUGGUGUUUAAAUUUCUGUAAGCAGUGGAUGCUGUUUGUAAUGUUAAUGGCAAGUUGUUUCGAAUUCUCCA